AGCCUCUAAGGUUAACACAGCAUUGUUGUUCGAUUGUAAUUUGCGUUUUAUAUUACGGUUGCCUCGAGCGGCGCUGCUCCGAGUAGCAACGGAAUGUGGCACAAUAUCGGUGUCUCAACAACACAUGAUCUCCGUCGAUCGCAGUGAGGAGCUGCUCCCCAAACCACGGAGCCCCACCGUAAACCGUGGACGAUUCCUAUUUCACCUUCUGAAAAAGUGGCAUUUAAGAUCUCUACAUAAUUUUUCCUUUACUGCCUAGAGUUCUAUCAUGGCAGACCUAGAAACACCUGUGCUCGGUACAGCCCUAGUUAUCGGUGGUUGUGGCCUUCUGGGGCAUCACAUCGUCAAGAUAUUGAUCGAAUCGAAGGUGACGUCUAAAAUUGUCGUCUUGGACGUAAACACGGCAGUCAAUCUAGUCGAUGGCGUUGAAUACAUCAAUGGCAGUAUAACCUCCUCCGACCAGGUAACCCAAGUUCUCAAACAACAUACGCCUCGUGUUGUUUUCCACACCGUCUCGCCGAAUCCACUCUCCGAAAACCGAAAGCGCUUUUACGAAGUCAAUGUCGGGGGUACACAGAAUCUGCUAGAAUGCAUCAAGAACACCACGUCUGUCAAGGCGCUAGUCUACACGUCGAGUUCUUCGGUCGUCCACAACAGUUAUACGGACCUCAUUAAAGCGACUGAAGACAUGCCUCUCUUCUUUGAGCCUGCUCAAAAGGUGUACUACUCGCAUACCAAGGCUGUCGCAGAGCAAAUGGUUAUCAAUAGCAACAGGCAGAAUGGCCUGCUCACUACGGUCAUCAGGCCAGCGAGUCUGUUCGGCGAAGGCGAUCAUCUUCUAACUGGGAACAUGGUUGGAUUGGGGCGGAAGAAUGUGAUUAUCGGUUCAGGAACAAAUCAAUUCGACUUCACCUAUGUUGGCAACAACGCGUAUGCACAAAUGUUGGCAGCUGCAGCACUUGUUCGCGCCUCCACCUCGAAAGAACCUAUUCCAGAUGAUGAGAGAGUCGACGGCGAGGCAUUUGUAGUUACAAAUGAUGAGCCAUGGCCCUUUUGGGAGUUUGCUCGCGCUCUCGCAGUAGCAGCAGGCUAUACGGUGGAUAGGACGAAGGCAAAAAUGCUGCCGAAGGGAGUCUUGCUCUUCUUCGUAGGGCUCUUGGAGUGGUUCUACAAGAUCUUGACGCUCGGAACGCGACAGCCAGCUGUGAAGACGAGGAUGAUUCUCCCGACCACCUUGGAACGUACAUUCAAUAUCGGCAAGGCUAAGAAGAGACUAGGGUAUAAGCCCCAGGUCAGCAUCGAGGAAGGUAUUAGCAGGACUAUCACGUGGUACAUGUCGCAGCAAGGGGUACAAAAGAAGACUGCCUGAAGGAAUAGCGCAAUAUUCUAUGCAGCAUGCAAUGCAUCCACUGUAUGCAGGAGUAUGAGGUAGUUUUCUUGAACCCCGAGAGUAGUUUAUUAAUGUAGGGUGGUGAGUGCAAAUGCAGGGAUCAUACAUAUC